AAAAAAAAAUUAGCUUUCAACGACGUCGGGUGUGCGUUUUCUGGUGUGCGCGCGACGAGAUCAAGCAAAUCAGCGUAGCAAUUUGCAGUGUUGUGUACGGAUUAUUUACCGAUCAUAUUAGUACCGAGCCGAGUGAAACUCAUCGCUGUGCAUUCGAAAACCCCAUUUGCAGUUCCAUUCUACGACAUAACGACACGUGCAGGAGUGAGGAGUUCGAUGCAAAACAACGGCCAUCACGGUGCAUCACAGGUGCAGUGUAAGCCUGUGGGCAGCGCUCUGUGCUGUACGGGCGAGAGUGUCCGUGUGUGUUUGUUUGCGUAGCAAGUGCAUCGAGUGGUGUCGAUGAAGAAUGCAAAUGUAAAGCUGUUGAACUAAACAGCCGCGUGGAAAGUAAUCGGAAGGUGAAAAAAUAUUAAUUAAAAGGGAAAAGAUUACGAGCACUUCAAAUCCAACGGCGUGCACUGAGCAUUAAGCGUGGUGUGUGUUUGUGAGUUUGUACCAAGUGCAGUUUGCCGAGGAACGCCAUCAGAGCCUUAGGCAAUUUUUGUGAAUGAAAGUUUGAAACGAAUAGUGUCGUGUGCUUGUGUUUAGGAGCGAACGUCGGAGCGAAAAUUCGACCUCCAGAUGGAGAUGGCUACGAUAUAGGAAAUUCGAGGCUCUAACAGCUCCAAAUAAAGUGGCAGGAAAUAAAACAAACAAGGAAUUCUAAGCCAUCGAGAUGAAUUCCGCGUGUACGAUCGGCUAACGGAGAAGGCUUCCGAGCCUUCCGGAAGAGGAUCAUCCCCUUUCUUGUUGCUGGGUGUAAGAUCGCAACCCUUAGUCCCGCAUUUUUUUUUUUCUGCUGCACCACUUACAAUCAGUGAUAGAAUAAUAUUCCGACCGAAAAGUGAAGUUUGUGCGCAAAGUCUCCCCGCGACGAUCUGUCGUCCGAAAACGAGAGGGUGUGUUUGUGCGUGUGAAGAAGGAAAAAAAUUGUGUGUGUGUGCCCUUUUUUUGUGUCAUUAUUCAACCCUCCAGUGAAUGUGUGUGUGUGUGUCGAAUGUGUAUGCGUUUUCCCUUUAAAUCGUAAAAAGCAAUAAUUCCAGAAACAUGGGAAGCCGCAACAUCGAGUGUCGUAAAUUUUCGCCGAACAUCUUCAACAAGAGCAAAUGCACGCACUGUUUCCGGCAGCGGGAGGAGCAUAGUGCAGCCGCCCUGGAAUGCAAUCGGGCAACGCGAAAGGUGUCAAAACGUGGAUAUUUAUUCGUCGCCCCCUGGGACUGGGACUUUAGCAAUCCGGUCUACAGAACAAAGCGAUGGCAGCGAAGGUGGUUCGUGCUGUACGACGACGGGGAGCUCACUUAUUCGGUGGAUGAACAUCCCGAAACGAUUCCACAGGCCAUAAUCGACAUGACGAAGGUCCUGGAGGUGACCACGGCCGACAGCAUCACCAGCCACCCGCACUCGAUCGCCAUCACCGCACCGGAUCGUGUAACGUUCGUGAAAGGUACCUGCCCGGAGGAGUCGAAAUGGUGGUUCAACGUGCUGGUAGCCUUUCCCAAAUCCAAGGGUCGACACAAGCGCAACGCAACGUUCCCCGGCGGGCAAGCGACCACGAUUCUUCAGGCUCAAAUGUACAGCGAGGCACAGUCGGCUAUUUCGGCCAAGAGCAACACACCCCCUGCACGAGACAAGCUGACACUGCAGCUCGAUAGCGGUAAAGCCCAGACGCGACUCCGGACCCGCCAUCGCUCAUCGGUCGACGUUAGUGAUUCAGGUGAGCCAGACGACAUUGAUUCUGGAAUCGAUUCGCACAUCGAGCCCGGUGCAGCAUCCAAAUGUUUACUACUGGACGGUGGUGGCACGGACCUGCGCUCGCGGGAUGACCUAAAGCUGAAGGAUAUCGCCAACACGAUCACGAACGUGAACCGCUGGAGCAGCCCCUGCAUCACGGACAGCCUGUCACUCACGGCGGACCACCACGAAAAGCCGACGAGCCCGCGGGACGAAAACACGAUCCCACCGCAGUACACCAAUGGCGGCACCGGUGGAGGAGGUGGCAUCAAUGGUGGUGGAAGUGGCGGUGGAGGAGGCGGAGGAGGAGGGACAGGUGGUGGCAGUGUCGGUGGUACCCCGUUACAGAUGCGACCACACUCGCUCACCAUACCGUCCAGUGCGCCCGCGAUCGUGUCGGCCAUCGUGAAGAAAAUUCCAACGUCGAUGGUCGGUGGCAAGGGUGGAGGACAGGGCGCACCACCGCUCGGACCGCUACACCUGCCACCGCCAGCCAGCAACUCUAGUCCGAAGCUGAAGCCUAGUCAAACGCAUGAGCGCGGCGAUCCGGACGGUGACUGCGGUAUGGACGAUGCGCCGGCCAGCUAUCUGGGCAAAAACUCGGAACAUCGCGGCCCGGACGCGGACCUGCUGCAGGCGAAGAAGGGCUGGCUGCUGAAGCAGGACGGACGGGUCGGUGAGUGGAGCAAGCACUGGUUUACGCUGCGUGGUGCCGCGUUGUUCUACUACCGUGAUCCGGUCGCGGAAGAGAAGGGCGUGCUGGACGGUGUGCUGGAUGUGAACAGCAUCACCAGCAUUGCCGAGGUGCCUGUCAACAAGGGAUACGGCUUUCAGCUGACGACCUGGGACAACCACCGGAUCGUGCUGUCCGCUGUAACGAUCAACGUGCGCAACAACUGGAUCAACGUGCUGAAGAACGCGGCCGGACUUCCACCGACGAAGGCCACCCUCGAGCUAAGCAAUCAAAACGACGACAACUUCAAAACGUUACCGGACAAAUCUCCCCCCACGCCGACCACACCCAGUGCGCUCGAGCUCGAGCUGAUCGCCGAUACGAUCGAGCACAAGCCGAAGCUGAAGCGGAGCAAACUGCUCGAAAAGAACAACAACCACAACGGCACCAACGGCCACCUGUUGAUCGAGGGCGUUGUGCCGCUGGCGGCUAGUCCGGGCGCCGGUGAGGAUGUCGUGGAUAAGGUGCCGAAGGACGUGAUCGUGCAUCUGACGGCGGCCCGUGCGAUCGGUGAGCCGACCGGCGGUACCGGGGACAGUACCACCACCAAUAGCAGUAAUAGCAGUAACACUAGCAGUAGUUGUAAUCAGCCUCAACCAAAGCAUCCGGUGGUGCAGUCGCCCGUCACGCCGCUCACACCCAAAUCGCUGCUGUUCUCGUCGGACGAGGAGUACCGGACCGCGUCGGAAGGUGGCCGGCGGGACAGUGUGGGCGACUGGGGAUCACCGGUCUCACCUUCGCCCCCGUCGGUGCCGCUCAGCAGUCCGGCAAUGCGUACCAAAGAUAGGUUAAGAACGAACCCGCCGCUAUCGGCCCAAAGUCAGCAACGGUUGCACAAGCGCAGUCGCUCGUCGCCUCCCAGCUCACGGCGCAGCACCAUCGAAAGCGUGCAGUCGGAGGUCCUCUCCCUGCAAUCGGUUCCGGUGCAGAAGCCGAUCAAUACGGUGCAGGAGGAGGAAGGUACGGGCUUGGAAAAGGAGCUCCAGCUACGAUUGCAGGCGGCUGAAAAGGAGCUGGCGAUGUUGCGCGAGGAGACCCACGAGCGGGAAGCUCGGAUGUCAGAACUGCUUACGACGCUCGAGCGUACCGAGCAGGAGCUGACCCGCAAACGUGAGCUGGAAGAGAACCGCGAAAAGCUAAUGGUGCAGCUGCAGGACAGUCGAGCCGCUGGACAGGAAAUCAUUGACCGAAUCACACACGAGCUUUCGAAGAGCCGUGACACAACGAAGGAACUCGAAGAACGACUUGCCCGUGGAAUCGAAGAGAAUGAAUCCCUCUACCGACGGCUGCAGGAGUGCGGUAUCGCAGCACCCGCCAGUCCAGCCUCAAGCCUUUGCAGCUUGGCAGUGACACGCAGCGGCCGUAUCAAGCGCAUGGAUUCGUUCAGCGAUCUUACCUGCCUCACAGCGAUCGACCCCACCCAGCUCGACCAUGACAUGCUGGCGGACGAGUACCGCGAACUGCGGGCCCGCUUCGAACGGGCCGUCAGCGAGCUGAAAGCGAUGAAGCGCGAACUGAAGGAUGCUCACGGGCUGUACGACGAGCUGGAGAUCGGGUAUGCCACCUUACGCAAGGAACUCGACCGGCAGGCGACCGAACACGACGCACAGUCACGCAUGAUGGCCGACCGCAUCCAGGACAUGACGAACAAGUAUACGGCCGCGGAAAAGCAGGUUCGACUGCUGAAGCAGAAAGCGAUCCGAUCCGAGAAGCGCCGUUCGCUGUCACUCAAGGGCAAGGAAUCGCUCUCCAUCCAGAAAGAGCUGGAAGAGAAGGUGUCCGAGCUGGAGAGCAAAAUCGAUGCACUUGAAAGUGGCAACGUGCUACCGGUGGCCAAAGCGACCGUGGAACUGUCAACGCCGGAAGUCGCGCAACCCGCCACACGACGAUCCUCGGCAACGAGGCUUCGCCGCAAAAGCCUCGACAGUGCUUCCAUUUCGGCCCAACCGAUGCAGGUUCUGCUGCGGCUAAACAAUCUCGAAAAGCGUGUCGAAAACGUGCAACCAGUCGUGCCUGUGAAGCCGGAAGUUAGCGAGUGUGAAACGGCCAGUACAUCUAGCUCGAGCACGAAACAGGUGCCGGAACAUCUGUUGGAUCGUCUCAAGAGCCUGGAAGGCGUUGUGGUGUCUGUGCGUGAACUGAUCGAUCAGAGUGCGCAACAGUUCCAGAGCCUUCGCUCCUCGCGAUCCCGACGUUCCGUGUCACCCGCUGCCGAUCGGAAGGAUUCGUACAAAUUUAUCGAACGCUGCCUAACGGAGGUAUCGAAGUUGUUGCGGGAGAGUUGCGACAACUGUGUCGUUCCGGUUGAUGGUGCUGGGUACGGUAAUGUGAUCGUACUGCCGGAAUCCAACCCGAUCAAGCUAGCGCUCAACCAGCUCGAGGCACAGCUUAAGAGCAAGCUAGCGGAUCUCCUUAAGCAGAGACGCAUGUUGCGCGAAACGAACGGACUUACGCAGCGCAAGGACAUGGAGCUUCUGGCCGAGCGGAUCGCUUUCGAGAGCGUCUGCUUCGGGCGGUUGCGACACGCGCUGGAGCGGGCGGAAAAUCUGCAAGAGUUUGAGGAGCGCCAAACGAAGGUCGAGGUGUGCGAAACCAUCCAGCUGAUGUCGAUGCUCAAGGCUAAGCUGUCGGGCAAAUGUGUGGUGCGACCGAGCAGUAGUGCGGACGUGUUGGCGAGCGUUCUGGCUCGCAAGUUGAUGCUUUCGGCCGGUCGCACGAGCACGAUUCGAUCGCUUUCCUUCCCGCCGAUCGGUACCGCCCUGCUGGACGAUCUGUUGCGACAGCAGAACGAGGUGCAUCUGAUCGCCAAGCGUUACAAAACGACCAUCAUGGAGAACCUCGCUUAUGGGUUGGCUGCCGAAACGCUCAGCUAUAUCGCUUCCUCGCACGAAACCGUGCAAGGAGCGGUGCAGGAGGCUUGGCGCCAGGCACAGGAAGCGGUCAAUGCUGAGCUGGUGCAGUCCGAGAUCGCCCACAUCAUGAUGCGGAAUGCUCAGCGCUACGAAAGCUCUCUAGCGCCCGCCUUCGGCUAUGCACUGUCCACCCAGGAGCGCAUCACGUUCGAAACGUUUGCGGACGCCGUGCAUGAGGCGCUUCGUCGCGAGAUGGAUGCAGCCGUACGACAGCUAACCGAAUGUUACGAAGAAACCCUGGAGAAGAUGAAACGUGGCCAGUGGCGGCUGCAUCUAGAGCAGGAGCGAAAACCAAGCGAAGGACGCCAGCUGUUGGCAGAGUUUGCGGACAUUAUCGCUCACAAAGCACUGAUCGAUGCUCGCGUCCAGGUGCUCAAAGGGGACUACGUGCCGAAUCGACAAAAGCUAGCACAACCGGACACGUGCGAAUCGUCCGAGCGUGUGUUCAGUGUGGCUGCCCUGAAGCAGUACGAGAACCUGUACACGGAUCUGACGGCCGAUCUGGAGGUGGCGAACGCUGACGACAUCCUAGCCGAGGCAGACUUUAACUUCAUGUACAAGUACUUCGCCAGCGAACACUCGCUGAACAAAGCCGAAGUGAAGGAAGUGUCCGCGAUACUGAACGAGCUGGAGAAGUCGGUGGUCGCGCUGCAAGCUUCGUUGCACCCCGAGAACGGCAACGUUACCGCUGCCAAUGCCAUCGAUGUGGACAGCUUGCGAAGCAUUCACACACGGUGCGUGGAGAUUCAGCAACGGAUCGAUUCGUUGAUCAGUGCCGCCAAACAGCUACAGUCACGCAGCGAACAGUGUGGCCGGCUGCAGGAUCGUCUCAAGCAACUGACCGAAGAGCACGAACGUGAGCUGGGAACGAUUCGGCAGCAGCACGAGCAAAAGCUCACCACCCUGCAACGGCGCAUUGACGAGCAGCAGCAGCGCAUUCAAGCGAUCGACGGUGAGCGUGCGGAACUGCUCGAACGGCUCAACAACGAGCGCAAUCUGUUGAAACAGAAGGAGAAAGAGCUGCACGAUCUGUCCGUCCGCUUGACGCGCCUCGAUGCGGCUAGCAACGAGAAGGAUAAGGAGAUUGAGGAUCUGCUCGACAGCUACGACCAGGAGUGCAAGAAGGCACGAUCGUUGAAGGAUCGCUGCGAAGAGUUGGCGGACAGCUGCCGCAAAACGGCCGCCGAGUAUGCCGAGCUGGAGAAGGAGCGUGACUAUCUGUACGAGCAGAUGCGCAAAGAGCAGGACCACGUGAAGAAGCUGGAGAAGCAUCUGGAGCUGCUGGAGGCGGAACAUGCGCAGCAGGUGGACAAUCUGCACGCAGCCUACCGGGAGCAGCAGAUGGCAAACGAGCUGGACUCGCAGAAGGACAAGGACGAUGAGGACAGUUUGCGAUCGCGCUACCAGGCCGAAAUCGAGCAGUUACGGGCACUCUGUGAGAAGGGACUGGCAGCGAUGGAAGCUUCGCACAAGCGCAUCAUCCACGAUCUGGAGGAAAAGCACCAGCAGGAGAUCGCUAAGCUCAUUCUGGAGAAGGAACAGGCGCUGGCCGAAGAAACACAGGCAACGCUGGCAGCACUCGACGCCAUGAAGAAAGCUCACCAGAAUGAGGUGCAGCGGGAGGUGACGCGCUUCAAGCAGGAGUUCCUCAAGCAGUUCCAGAAGGGUGGUCAACCGCCCCAAACGUACCGCGAGAAGGAACAAGAGCUGGAAGAUGUGCGGCAGGAGAUCCUGUCCCUCUCGGAGAAGUACUCGAUGAAGUGCGUCGAGACGGCCGCGCUCGAGGAAAAGCUUCGUAAUGCGACGCAACAGCUAAAGUGUUCUCAGCAGCACAUCCAGCAGCUUGAUGUCAGAAACAAGCAACUGCGAGCCCACUUUGUCUCAAACCAGCCGGAAGAAACGACUUCCGCACCACCGACCAGCAGUGUCGUAACGCCAAAGGAUACCAACCUGUUCACCAGCAGCACGCAGCAACCAGAAAGUUCACCACGGGCGGCCACCACGGCUAAACGGACAUCGGCGGUAGGCACCGGAACGGGAUCGUCUAGCACGGCGCCGAUGGUGAUGGCCGUAGUACCAGCGUCCGCGUCGAUCGAGCCCGGCAGUUCGCUCGAGCUGCUCGAUCUGCGCGAGUGCCAGCACCUAUUGAACAAUAAGAAAGAAUCACAUCCACGGUUGAAGUUCACCGAAGGAGCCAAACUAGGUGUAGCACCGAUCUUCUCUACCUCCAGCUCGUCGCUCGGCACCACCACCCCCACCCCCACCACCACUCCCACCGCCAACGAAUCCGUCAAUCUGGCGAGCAGCACCAACAACAACCGCGCCAAAGUACUCAGCUCGAAGCAGCUCAACAUGAACCUGAUCAGUGGCGGUGCCGGACCUCCGACACCCCACCCAGUGUCCCUCACGCUACCACUGAUCGCUAGUGCCACGUUCAAGCACAGCAAUCUGCACCGAAACCAGCCGGCCGGUGGCGGUGGCAAUGGCAGUAAUGGCACGGCGAACCAUCUCAUUAAUCUUAACAACAACAACAACAACAACAACAACAACAAUCACUUACAUAACAACAACAACAACAACAACGUCAGUAGUUUAAAUAAUAAUAAUAAUAAUAAUAAUGAUAACGACAACAUGCACGAGCUUAAGCCAUCGACCAAACUUUGUUCGCCCCCUCCCUUAGAUGAGAGGGACGUUGAACAGCAAAUUCAUCGAUUCGAGUUGGAAAUCUAAACCGCAUACUUAAAAACCCCCCCACACGCAUAAUGCACACACCCACGGUCACGCUUCUUUUAACUUCAAAAAUACAGAUUAGUAUUGUUUUUGGCUUGUAAGGAAAAUUUAAUUUAAAAAUAUGCAACGCUUCAUUCAAAUCAUGCAAAACCGAUUUUUGUUUUUUAGACGAACAACGCGAAACGCAUACACGCAUCAUCAUCAUUAUUAUUAUUAGUGCACGAGAGCAAAUGUAGUGUGUAGUACACGCCAGUAUACUAACAGCGGAAUGAAGAAUCCAUCCGGGCAGGGCAGCCAGAUUGGCUUUAUUCGGCUUUUCCAUCAUCGCACAUGGUUGUGAGCAAAAUUCAAAAUUUGUUGCCAUUUUUAACUGAACCAGAAAAAAAAAACAAAAAAUCAAUUAAAUGCGCCAUCACCACCAACACGCUUAUGCCUGCUGGAUAAGGGUACGAUUGUUUGUUGUGCUUUGUUUAAGUUGUUUUGUUUUCUGUUGCUGUCGUUGUUGUUGAAUUGUUGUUGAUAAUGAGGAAUCAGCUGCUAAUUAUGAGCCUACGAUCGAGGGGGGAGGGGGAUACAGCUUUGGUGACCUCAAUCAAAGCCACUCCGAACAUUGGACCCCAUUCACACCCCAUUCAACCGUUCAUUCAUUUUAUUUAUUCCCUAACGCUAAUUUUUAACCACUGUAAGGUAUCGUUCACCAAAAGCUCCCUCCUUUUGUUGUAUGUGUUUUUGUCUACUCUUAUUGCCAUGUGUCCUGUAUCCUUUCGAUUGGAUAGCACCUAAUGUUUUUUUUUUUGUUUUGUUUUUAAUCUUCAUCAAACGCGAAACUCACCGGUUAAUAUUGCACCACAGAGAGAGAGAAUAUAUUUUGAGUUUGUUAGGUAUUAAAUUUUUAUUGUUGAUUUUCGAAGAAAAAAAAGAGAUACGAUAAGAAAAGAAACAAAGUGAGUUAAACUUUAAAGCUACAUUUUUCGCCUUCCUUUAAGAGCUUUUUUUUUCGAGUCACACCGCACGCCCAAAAGUACUAAAUUGUACUAAAAGUAGGGUUUUGAAAAACAUUUUAACAAACAAAAUUUAUUUAACAACGACCUGUUUCGUUUCGGACUAUUCGUCCUUUUUUUAUGCUGCAGCAUUGCUUCCUUACAAACAAAAAAUGAAAAUUAAAAAAAAAGAACUAAAAUGAGAGAAAAAGGAAAAACGAAAAGGUAAAACAUAAAAAACAAAACAAACAAACAAGAAAAAAAUAUAUGUAGAAAAAUAACAUAUAAGUAAAAGAGCAACAAAAUAACACAAUCAUAAGAUAGAAGAAAGUCACCUCACCAAAAAAAGAAAAUGGUCAAUGCAAGCAGAAGAGUAUCGAACAGUUCCCUCUUCUCCUUUUUUGUUGUGUGUGUGUGUCUGUGUCCUUUCAUUCCUUUCCUCGUGUUCGUUUAAAGCUUAGUUUCCUUUUUUCUUUAUUUUAGCCUGUUUGUUAAGUUUGUUAAGCAAAGGCACAGAGUAAUGGUAGUUAGUAGUAGAUAUUUACACCUGCCUAACCUGCCCUAUUGUUUGUUCUCCCAAUGGAAAGGGUGAGGGAGGAGGAAAAGAAGGCAAAGAAGUGGAAAACCGACACACACACACUCACACACUUUUAAGGUGACAAAAUGGUGCCCCUUUUUUGUUGUUGUGCAUUACUUGUAAACUAUUCACACACACACACACACACACACAUACACACCCUAAGUGUUGUAGGCUUAUCGAUUUCGUGGACGUUUCUUAAUAGAUUUACCUGUGUACGUGUGUGACUAUUGUGUAAAGCUUUGUAAAAGAAGAAUCCAAUCGAAACAAAAAAGAUGAACGGAUGAUGAUUUAGUUGUAACAGGCGGUUCACCUUUGUACAUGUGUUUAUGUUUAAUGUAUGUUGCCCCAUACCCCCCUCCCCUACCACAUCCCUUGUUCCUGCCCUGCCCCGAACCCUCUUAAGUAAUGUACCGUUUAUCUAUCUGUCGUCGUACACCCAAACCCAAACCCCCCAUGAAUGUAACACCUCACCGAAACAAGUUAGUGAAAAAUAAAACUAUAUAUUGAACAUGAA